AUGGCGGACGGAGGCGUGGAUAUAGAUUUGUACGCCGACGAUAUAGAAUCUGAUUUCAAUAGACAGGACGAGUUUGGUGGAGAGAAUGUGGAUCUCUACGACGAUGUGAUCGCUGCACCGGCACCGAAGCCCGAGGACUCGGAUGGCCCUCCAAACUCUUCAGCUCCGCCGCACUCGCACCCACCGGAAGAAACUAACGGCAACGUUCCAUAUCACAAUAGCGGAUCAAACCAUCAUCAUGGUCGCCGCUUCCAACUUUAUGUUGGGAACCUCACAUGGUGGGCAACGGACCAGGACAUUGCGAACGCAGUAGCGGACGUCGGCGUCACCGACUUCCAGGACGUGAAGUUCUUCGAGAACAGGGCGAACGGCCAGUCGAAGGGCUUCUGCGUCAUAUCCCUCGGCUCGGACCAGUCCAUCCGGAUGGUGAUGGACCGUCUGCCCAAGAAGGAGAUACACGGACAGCAUCCAGUGGUAACGCUGCCCACCAAACAGGCAUUGAAUCAGUUCGAAAGUCAAUCGAAGACUAGGUCAACGCCACCGGGACCUAAUAAUCCUGGUAUGAGAGGACCUCAUCCCAGUGGGGGGCCACCCGGCCCACACCCUGGAGAAUUUUUCGGGGGCGGUCCAAACGGGCCAGGUCCUAAUGGUCCGAGAAUGAUGAUGGCGGGCCCCGGGCCUCAUCACCAAUUACGCGGCCCACCGCCUGGUCCACACGGGCCGCAUGGUCCCCAUCACCUACCUCAGCACCAGGGUCCACCGCCGCAUCACAUGCAACACCAAGGGCCCCCGCCGCAUCAAGGGCCCCCACCGCAUCGGCCGCCAAUGCAAUUCCAGGGCGGGCCGCAGAUGCAGCGCGCUGGUGGUGGUCCGCGCGCCGGUCCGGGCCCCGAUUGGGCGCCUCGUGGCCCUCCCCACCACAUGCAGCCUGCACCAGCGCCCCAAUACGGCCCGCCACAGCAUCAGAUGCCCCAUCAGAUGCCGCCACCACAUGGGCAGCCCCCCGGGCAAGGUCUUCCCCCACCGCACCAUCAGCUGCCUCCUCACCAGGCUGGUCCGCCACGUGGACCAACGCCAUUGCCACAACAUCCAGCCGGCCGUUACGUUCCAGACGGAUUCCCAGUGGGAGUUGGCCCAGGAGCGCCGGCCCCUCACGUGAAUCCGGCCUUCUUCAGCCAGCAGCCGCCUGUGCAGCCUGCGCCGGGCGUUCAGCCGCCGCCGCAGCCAACUGUGCAAGGCCCAGGAGCACCAUAUGGCCACCCGCCGCACGGUGCGCCACCACCAAAUCAAGGGCCCCCACCACCCGGGGCUAGGCAGCCUUAUGGAAGACCUCCACAGAGCUAUGGCGCGGGUGAGCCGCGCGGCGGGCACCACCCGGCGCCGAUGACGCCCCACGCUCCCCACCCCCACGCUCCCCACCCGCACCCGCACCCACACCCUCACCCGCAUCCGGUGAUCAGCGACGCCGAGUUCGAGGAGGUGAUGAGCCGCAACCGCACCGUCUCUUCAAGCGCGAUCGCGCGCGCCGUCAGCGACGCGGCGGCCGGCGAGUACGCGUCGGCCAUCGAGACCCUCGUCACGGCGAUAUCGCUAAUCAAGCAGAGCAAGGUGGCGCACGACGACCGCUGCAAGAUCCUGAUAUCCUCGCUGCAGGACACGCUUCACGGCGUCGAGACGAAGUCGUACGGCGGCGAGCGGCGUCGCUCGCGCUCCAGGGAGCGGGACGCGCGCGCCCACCACCGGGCGCCGAGGCGCCGCGAGCGCUCCGCGAGCCGCUACCGCGAGCGCAGCCGCGAGAGGGAUGAGCGAGACAGAUAUUACAGGGACUACCGUGAGCGCGAGCGUGACCGCUCCAGGUCUCGCGACAGGGAACGCGCCGACCACUAUAAUAGGGGACACAGUCGAGAAGAGCGACCCCGCAAGUCGCCCGUGGAGCCGGCCGCCGAAGGGGGCGCCGGAGACGCCAGCGGGGCGAAGGGCCGCGCCGCCGCGGCGCCCUACUACGAGGAGCGGUACCGCGAGCGCAGGGAGCGCGACCCGCCCGCAGCGGACCGCGACCGCGACCGCGACAGGGACCACAGGCGCGACGCGAGACAC